AUGCCUUCUUUGACCAACUGGAAUGACGAAAUUCAGUAUACCGUACCUGAUGAUCGGUACAAGACACCGACACAGGCUUCGGAAGUACAAGAGAUUAUCCAGGAAGCUUUUAAACAGGAUCAACGGGUGACAGUUAUUGGCGCAAUGCAUUCAACAACCGAAUGCACGAUUGGCACCGGCAUCAUCAUCUCAUUGAAAAAGAUGGCUCGCAUAAUAUCAGUCAACCAGGAACAGCUCACAGUCACUGUUAAAGGCGGCGGAAAUUUUCAUAUCGGUGCCAUCCGUGGUACACAUGCCAAUGAUACCUGGAUGAAUCGAUCUGCGCAGUUCUCGUCAUUUGUGCUUGGUGUGAAGCUGGUCGCACCAAAUGGCGAGAUCAUGGAGAUAUCCGAAUCACAGAACGCAGAGUGCCUGCCCGCUAUUCGCUCCCAUUUCGGCAUGCUUGGGGUUGUCUGCGAGGUCAUAAUGCGGAUUUUCAAGUCCCAGCCGCUCGAGAUGAGUUUCCAGGUUGCGGAGAUUGGCAGGUUCCUUGACAAUUUUGGUCGAGAACUCCAAGCUCUGAAAGCGGAAUACGACCAGGUUUUUGGGAUGUUGUUCCCGACCUCUGGUAAGCUGCUCUUCCAGCGCCGCAAGUUCGUGGACUCCGCAAAAUCGAAGUCGGAUCUCCCAGAGACUCAAGUUGAAAAUAAGAAUAUCAUUUCUCUGUUCGGGGACCUGUUUCUUCCUCUCGUGAAGGCCAUAAUGGUUCUACAGCUCCCAGCGGCUGUUGCAGCACCACUCAAUAAAGUACUGAUUGACUUGCCGCUGAAGUGGAUCCGCAACAGUACCUAUACCAUAGAUCCUUGCGACCGUGGUGUAAUCUAUGAGGAAGGCGACCCCAACUUUGAAUUCUAUGACUGGGUGUUUCCCGAGGAAAAGUGGUGUGAUAUCGUCCGCGCGUUCUACAACUAA